GCGGCCGUCCCUCCCUCCACGUGUGUCCCCGUGUCCCUCCACGUGUGUCCCCGUGUCCCUGGGCAGGCUGCCCUCGCCGCCACCCUGGCGCUGCGCUCCAUGGAUGGCGUUUUCCUGUCGCCCACCGAGGAUGAGUUCGUGGGCAGGAUCGCGGAGGAGCUGGAGAACUUCAUGGUGCAGGGGCAGCACCAGCGGGUGCUCCUGUUCCCGCCCCUGUCCAGCCGCCUCCGGUACCUGAUCCAUCGGACCGUGGAAAACAUGGAAUUGCUGAGCAGCUUCUCGGUGGGAGAGGGCUGGAGGAGGAGGACGGUCAUUUGUCACUCGGCCGUCAGGCUUCCCAACGAGGCCGCGGGCGACCAAAAAGCCGGGAGCGGCGCGGCUCGGAGCCAGCGGCCGGCGGCGCCCUGGGGCCGGGGGGGCCGGGGCACCCGGCUGGCCCACGGGGACAAUUCCCGCUCCUCCGUGGGCUCGGGAAGGAUCUCCAGGCCUCCCAGGAAGAAGCAGGACAGAGCCCUGUACGUGCCCAAAGGGAUCCGGAAAAAGGCGAAUUGGAGGGAGCGGGAGAGCGACGGCGGCGAGGCGGCUCCGGGAGGAGAGAGCCGCCCCAAGAAUUCCAGCGGGGACGGGCAGCAGGAGGUGGGAAAGGGUGGAGGCAGGCCUGGGAAGGAGCAGGAGCUCGAGGAGGAGAAUAUUCCUGGAGAAGAGGGCGCCGAGCAUCCUGUGCACGGUGGAAAGGCGCCGUCCCUCGGGAACAGCCGGGAUUCCUGUGAGCAGGAUCAAGACUGUUCCCGUUCCCUGGGCAAACGCCCGCCCCAAGCCGAGGAGCAGGAAUCCGCCGCGGGAUGCAGCGAAUUCCAGGCUCGGCCCAGAGAGGAGAACCGACCGUGCCGCGCUUCCCUGGGGUUCCCGGGGAGGGAGAGGGAGGACAGAGAAAGCUCGGACGUGGCGCAGGAGCUGUGCAGGAGCCUGGAUUUGGCCGCGGGGGACGGAGAGGGGACGAGGCCGAGCGGCCUGGAGGACGACUGCACGGCUGAGCUCCUGGCAGAGGUGAUUGGGGACCUGACGGUGAAGGACGUCAGCAUCGAGAGGAUCAGCGUGGAAUGUUCCAGCUACGGAGAUGGGCGCGAUCACGAGGGGGACCUGGGCCACGUCACCGAGAUCUACGAAUUCCCCUCAUCCCUGAAAACCGAGGAUCUGGUGGGAAUGUUCGCGGAUUUCCACGAGAGCGGCUUCAAAAUCCAGUGGGUGGACGACACCCACGCCCUGGGGAUCUUUUCCAGCCUCUCCGCAGCAUCCCAAGCCCUGGGCCGCCGUUAUCCGUGCCUGAAGAUCCGGCCCCUGAUCCACGCCACGAGACAAUCGCGGAUCAGAGCUCUCCAGAGACCGAAACUCCUUCAGCUGGGAAAAGAGAGGCCGCAGACGGACGCAGCGGUGGCCAGGAGAUUGGUGUCCCACGCCCUGGGCUGGAAACACAGGCAGCAGGAAGCAGCAGGGACUGAAGUUCUCCAGCCAGAAUCUUUGGAUCAGGAGGAAUAAUCCCCCCCCCCCAAAAAAAAAAUCCUCCCAAAAAAAUCAAAACAAAAAGAGAUGAGCGUGGCUGUGCCGUUAAACGCGGAGCAGGCGGCGCCCACGGAGCGGGAGCUGCUCCUUUAUGGAUCAAGCGCCAAGCUUGGAAAAGUUGGGGGAAUGGGAAAAGUUUUCUUUGUUGGGGUUUUUUUUUUGUUUGUUUGUUUGUUUUUUUUUUUCCCCACCCUGGGAAGUGCUGGAAUUCUUGGCUGUGGGAAUAAGGAGGGAGAGUGGUUCUUUAUUCCUUAUUCCUGCUUUGUUUUCCAUUAAAAAAAAAAGGAAAAAAAAAAAAAAAAGGCAUGGAGGGUGAGAAAAUUGGAUUUUUUUGGGGUUUUUUUUUUUUUUGGCCAGAAUUUUGGAAAAUCUGUUCCACGUUUGUUGUUGCUGUUCAGAAAACUUGACAGGCGGUGAAAUCCGAGUUUUGGGGGAUUUUUUUUUUCCCCCCCUUACUUACAGAGUUUCGAGAGCCUGAGCUUCCCCUGUCGGUGAGGAAAGUUGGGAUUUGCUCCUUAGCGGGGGAAAAAAACCCCCAAAACCCCAGGAUUUGCCUGUGCUGAUUCGCCCAGGGUUAAAAUCAGCUUCCACCCCCAUCCCGGGCUCUGCUGGCGCUCCCGUCUGGAAUUCCCGGGCAGAAAUGGAAUUUCCGGUUUUGCCGGCGGGUCCGGGCUGGUUUCCUUUGCCCUCCGGACCACUGGAGAAGUGGGAAAUCCUCGGAAUAUUCCCUGCGUUUCUCCAAGCCUCGCACCGUCCCUGUGAGGGGGGGUUUGGGGGACGCUUGGCAGCCGGCUGGAAUUCCCCUGUGGAAUCAGCUGGAAUUUCAGAUAAUUUCUGGUUGUAGAAAGGGGAGGAAAAACCACCCCAAACUUCCAGGAGAAAUACACCGAGGGCUCCUAAAGUGAUUUUUUUUUUUUUUUCUUUCUUCCCCAGGGAAAAAAGGUUUUUCUUGGAGCUCUGUAGCAAAGUGUGUCCUCAGACAAACAGAGGGAAUUCCCACAGGAGCAGAUCCCUGGGAAGGGGGGGACGGGAGCCAGGAAUUCCCCGUGCACGAGGAUUCAAAUUCAUCCUUUAAAAAUAAUAAUAAUAAAAAAAGAUGGAAUCUCCAGUCAGGGGGUGGCUCUGGGAUGGGCACAGCAGCCGCUGGGGUGGGAAUUCCCAACCUCAGCCCCGGGAAUCUGCCGAGUUCAGGGAGCUCUGAUUCCGCGUGGAAUGAAAUGAAAUGAAUUCUGUGUGAAAUGAAAUGAAAUUAAAUGAGUUUCGGGUGAAA